AUCUUUGGGAUGAAAUCUGGUCAGAUCUUGCUUUGUUUGUUGUGGAAUUUGGUAGGACUUAUUUCAUUACAAAGCCAAACCUCCCCCACUCUUCUUCCUCCAAACUCCUCUUCCUCAUACUCAUAACAGAAAUAUAGACAAAGAAAAAAAAACACCACAACCAAUACCAAUACAAACAAACAAACCCCACCAAGGUUAAGUAAAAAUCCAAACUUUUCUCCUCAAAAGAAUUAGAGCAAUGGGAAUGGCAGCUGCUGAGCAACAGUUUCAUGUCUUAGCUGUAGAUGAUAGCUUGAUUGACAGAAAGCUCAUUGAGAGGCUAUUUAGAACCUCUGCUUGCCAAGUUACUACUGUGGAUUCUGAAAAUAAAGCCUUAGAAUUUUUGGGGUUACAAGAACAUGAACAUAAUCACCCAAAUCCUCCUUGUGCUUGUCCUCAUAACCAUCAGGAAGUGGAAGUAAAUCUUAUUAUCACUGACUACUGUAUGCCUGGUAUGACAGGCUAUGAUUUGCUCAAGAAAAUUAAGGAGUCUUCAUCAUUUAGAAACAUUCCAGUAGUCAUUAUGUCAUCUGAGAAUGUUCCUUCAAGAAUCAAUAGAUGCUUAGAAGAAGGGGCUGAAGAAUUUUUCUUGAAACCAGUCAGAUUAUCAGAUGUCAAUAAGCUUAAACCCCAUAUGAUGAAAACCAAGUGCAAAAGCUUUCAUGAACCUGAGAAAAUUGUCACAAAGGAAAAUCAAGAAUCAUCAGAAAUUGAAAAGGUUCCAUCAGAACAAUCACAACCACAACCAAAAAUAGAAUUAGACAGUAUAGAACAAAUACAGCAAAUUCAGCAAUCUCAAGGCAAUAAUAAUAAGAGAAAGUCCAUUGAAGAAGGUCUAUCUCCAGAGAGAACAAGGCCGAGAUACAGUGGCCUAACUACUGUCUAAUCUUAUGAUCAAUGCAAAUAUAAUUUCCUUUUUUUUUGUCAGAUAACUUUGUUUUUGUCUCUUUAUAACAUCACAGCCAAUUUUGUUUGCUAACAUAAGAGGUAAAUAGAUCUUUUUAUUGUAGAUAGAAAUGUGUUCAUUUUUCUUCUUGUAAAUGAAUGGAGAAGCAUUUAAUAUACAAAAGUGGUGUUUUUGUUAA